AGCAAUGGGAGAUAAGGGGAGAAUCUGAGAAGAGACUCGGGGAGGGCCUGAGCGGGGAAUGGAGCAGACUUGGGGUGAGACUGAGAGGGUAAGACCGAGGAAGGGAGCUUGGAAAGGAGGCUGAGGAGAGGACUGCUCUCCCCGCUGCCCGCGAUGGAGGCGAACCCCGGUGGUGGCGGCGGGGGCGGGAGUGGCGUGGGGGGUGAGGACGGCGUCCAUUUCCAGAGUUAUCCCUUUGACUUUCUGGAGUUCCUCAACCAUCAGCGCUUCGAGCCCAUGGAGCUGUAUGGUGAGCACGCCAAGGCCGUGGCCGCCCUGCCCUGCCCACCAGGGCCCCCUCCCCAGGGCCCGCCACAGCCCCCGCCACCCCAGUACGACUACCCGCCACCACCGCCCGCCUUCAAGCCCAAAGCUGAGACUCCCUCAUCGUCGUCAUCAUCUUCUUCCUCUUCUUCGUCCUCCUCUUCUUCGUCGUCCUCCUCCUCUUCCACAUCCCAGGCAAAGAAGCCUGAGCCAGCUCUGCCCCCAGGCUUUGGGGCACCUCCACCUCCACCUCCACCCCUUUUUGAUGCUGCCUUCCCUGCUCCGCAGUGGGGGAUCGUGGACCUCUCUGGGCACCAGCACCUUUUUGGGAACCUCAAGCGGCCUGGGACAGCGGGCGGGCCUGGGGCCGGGCCAGCCACACCGGGGCCCUUGCCCAGCCCCAGCCCCGGGCCCCCAGGGGCUCCCGUGGCUGGCGAUCUGGGCGCUGCCGCCAAGGAUGACAAGGGCUACUUCCGCCGGCUGAAGUACCUAAUGGAGCGGCGCUUCCCCUGUGGGGUCUGCCAGAAGUCCUUCAAGCAAUCCUCCCACCUGGUGCAGCACAUGCUGGUGCACUCCGGGGAGCGGCCCUACGAGUGUGGAGUCUGCGGGCGCACCUACAACCACGUCUCCAGCCUCAUCCGCCAUCGCCGCUGCCACAAGGACGCACCUCCGAUGCCCGGAACCCCGCAGGCCCCGCCGCCCCCGCCGCUGCCUGCUCUGGCUCCCGCUGCCUCUGCUGGGGUGGAUGGCGGUCCUCCUCCUCCCGGGGUGGCCCCAGUGGCCCCGGGCCCUGGGGGGGAGGGCCCCUUCACCUGCCCCCUCUGCUGGAAAGUGUUCAAGAAGCCCAGUCACCUCCACCAGCACCAGAUCAUCCACACAGGGGAGAAGCCCUUCUCCUGCACUGUGUGCAACAAGAGCUUUAACCGCCGGGAGAGCCUCAAGCGCCACGUGAAGACCCACUCCGCCGACCUGCUGCGGCUCCCCUGCGGCGUGUGCGGGAAGGCCUUCCGGGAUGCGGCCUACCUCCUCAAGCACCAGGCGGCCCAUGCUGCCACCGGGGCCCCGGCACCCCGCCCCGAGUAUCCCUGCGACCUGUGCGGCAAGUCCUACUCUGCCCCGCAAAGCUUGCUGCGCCACAAAGCAGCCCACGGCCCUGCCGCUGCAGCCCCUGAGGUCCCCAAGGAUGGCUCGGCCCCAGCCCCGCCACCCACCUUUCCUACUGGGCCCUACCUCCUGCCCCCGGAACCUGCAGGCGAUAGUGGAGAGAAGGCCGCAGCUGCAGCCGCGGCUGCAGCCGUUGUCUAUGGGGCUGUCUCAGUCCCGCUGCUAGGGGCCCACCCUCUGUUGCUGGGGGGUGCGGGAGGCCCGGCCGGAGGCGGGGGCAGUGGGGCUGUGGGGCCGGGGGUCCCGGCUCCAGGAAAGACCUUCUGUUGUGGCAUCUGCGGACGGGGCUUUGGGCGACGUGAGACCCUAAAGCGCCAUGAGCGGAUCCACACAGGAGAGAAGCCCCACCAGUGCCCUGUGUGUGGGAAGCGCUUCCGUGAGUCUUUCCACCUGAGCAAACACCACGUGGUGCACACACGGGAGCGGCCCUACAAGUGUGAACUCUGUGGCAAGGUCUUUGGCUACCCACAGAGCCUCACACGCCAUCGCCAGGUGCAUCGGCUGCAGCUACCCUGUGCCCUGGCUGCUCCUGCUGGCCUCGGCCCAGCCGCUGGGGCUGGCGCCUCCCAGGCCUCGGCCGCCACGGGGGCGGCCCCGCCCGAGGGCCUCAGCUAUGCUUGCUCUGACUGUGGGGAGCACUUCCCUGACCUCUUCCACGUCAUGAGCCACAAGGAGGCACACAUGGCUGAGAAGCCUUAUGGCUGUGAUGCCUGCGGCAAGGCUUUCGGCUUCAUCGAGAACCUGAUGUGGCACAAGCUGGUCCAUCAGGCGGCCCCUGAGCGCCUCCUGCCUCCCCCAGCCCCCGACGGGCCCGGCCCAGACACCCCGGGUGCGGGCCUGGACAAUGGGCUGGCUGGGGAGGUGGGGGCAGCUGUAGCGGCCCUGGCGGCCGGGGCUGCCGGGGAGGAGGCGGGCGCAGGGGCCGGGGCAGGAGCGGGGCCCGGCCCCGGGGGCCCUGAGCGCUUCAGCUGUGCCACCUGCGGCCAGAGCUUCAAGCACUUCCUGGGGCUGGUGACCCACAAGUACGUGCACCUGGUACGGCGGACGCUGGGCUGUGGCCUGUGCGGCCAGAGCUUCGCCGGCGCCUACGACCUGCUCCUGCACCGCCGCAGCCACCGCCAGAAACGCGGCUUCCGCUGCCCCGUGUGUGGCAAGCGCUUCUGGGAGGCGGCGCUGCUGAUGCGCCACCAGCGCUGCCACACAGAGCAGCGGCCCUACCGCUGCGGCGUCUGUGGGCGUGGCUUCUUGCGCUCCUGGUACCUGCGGCAGCACCGCGUGGUGCACACGGGCGAGCGCGCCUUCAAGUGUGCCGUGUGUGCCAAGCGCUUUGCCCAGUCCUCCAGUCUGGCCGAACACCGCCGCUUGCAUGCCGUGGCCCGGCCCCAGCGCUGCGGUGCAUGUGGCAAGACCUUCCGCUACCGCUCCAACUUGCUGGAGCACCAGCGGCUGCACCUGGGUGAGCGUGCCUACCGCUGUGAGCACUGCGGCAAGGCCUUCUUCUACCUGAGCUCGGUGCUGCGGCACCAGCGGGCCCAUGAGCCCGCACGACCGGAGCUGCGCUGCCCAGCCUGCCUCAAGGUCUUCAAAGACCCCGGCUACUUCCGCAAGCACCUGGCUGCCCACCAAGGUGGCCGGCCGUUCCGCUGCUCGGCCUGUGGGGAGGGCUUCUCCAAUACAUAUGGCCUUAAGAAGCACCGUUUGAUCCACAAGGCUGAGAGGCUGGGGGCUGCCGCUCCCGGGGCCAAGGAGUCCUGAGGGGAUAAGCUGGAGGCGGUCAGCACCUACUUCCUCCUGCUCCUGGGCAUCACCAAGAGCUCGGAGAGGGGCUAUCCACCUGCCAACCCCCUCCACCCUUCUCCCAAAGCCGGGGGGGGGGGCGCGCUUCACUCCAUAGGGAUCUGGCCACUCCCAUCAUGAGGGAUGGACUUAAUCCUUCACCUCUCUCUCCCCCACCUCCCCCACAUCCUGGGAACUCUAGGACCCCCCUAACACCAGACUCCCUCUCCAUCUGCCCCUUUGUAACCCCCUCACCCCACCCCGUGCCCAUGCCCGAACCUGUAGGAAAUGAGGCUCAUUCCCACCCGCCCUGAUCACCACCACCACCACCAUCUUGGAAUCUGGCUGGAAUAGGGGAGGGGGAGGUGGGUUGGGAGAGACAUGGGGUAGGGGGGCUGAUUGCCAUUUG